UGCAAGACCGUCUGUAAACCUGAACCUGGGUAUAUAAACGAAUGAGAGCUCGAGAUGAAGACAUUGGCUACGGUCACAAUCUGCCUAUUAACUUGCCAGGGCUGCAGCUCCCUUGCACCUGCAACCAUGCCGCGCCGCAGUACAAGAGGCAUCGAUUCCCCUCCAACCCCAGAAGAUUAUAGGUUUGAAAUGAUACCGUUACAACACCAUGUGCCAAUCUUGAGUUAAUUUAGACGAUGGCAGGACGCAGCAGUGAUGACACCGUGUCUCCCAUGCCGCCGAUCUCGCCCGGUGGCGUCUUGAUGGUUGCCUUUGUUGCUCCGAAGAGCUAUGCGGCCACAUCGUAUCCUCACCCGAUCAAAGAGGCGAAGGCGGCUAACCCUGACGAAACCCGAGACAUUGCUCUGAGCAAGAACAUCCCAUCGAGCCUCUUGAAAUGCAUCGAAAGCUUGAAAGGCCACGAACAGCUGUCCAAAAACCCAAGCACUACGAGAUACUACACGCUCAAGCCAGGGUGCUUCUUUAUGCACAUCACCUGCUGGCGUCCAAAGCCCCCCGAGGAGGGUGACUACGACUAUGUUCCCUUCGAGGAGACCAAGGAGGCGCUCUGGCUCGCGUAUUCCUGGACAGACCGAGCCAGUCACCAAUGGCUCCCUGACAAGAAUCCCACCUUUCCUCAGAACAGCCACCCCACGCUGGGAAAAUACCUGAGAGAUAUCCAUACCGGCGCACCUCGGGGGGGAAAUCCGAGCCAUUUUGCGAUAGGAGACACAUCCGAGUCGUUCUUCAUUCGGUUAUCCGACGAUGACAGGAAUUGGCACUACCGUUAUCACGGGCUGCCGGAGGAUUGUGACCUUGCGAUCCAAAAGUCCAUGGCCGCGUCACGACUGUACAAGGACCCUAAGGAUCGAUGCCCACACAACCUGCAACACUGGACUUUUGGUCGUCUCCGGGCAGUCACGCUUGGACAGGGCGGAGGCUGGAUAUUAUACAGAGAAGAGCAGUCUGAAGUCCUAUUCGGCGGCAGGCAUCUUCCGCCUCGACUGAAGAAGGCACUUGAGGACGGACAGACACGGGGACUGGUGAUUAAUCAAGCCGUCUUGAAUCCGCAUCACGCAAGGGAGUACGUGCUAGCGUACAACGACGGGUCUGUGUAUUACGCUUUCCACGAGAGCUUCCAGAAGGACUUCGAUAGAAUCGGCCUGGAGUGGUGUGGCGACAAGAUUGACUACAAACCCCACGCGGAUCUACUCACAGAUAAGGACUAUCCCCAUGUCUUGAUAUCCGACGAGCCCGAGCCGGAAAGAGCACCGGCGCCCCGUCCCGCACAACAACGCGAACCAUACCGAUCGGCCCGGCAAAACCCACGCCCGCGGACGCCUCCGACCGUGAUGAACAGCCGUCAAACAGCCCCAAAUCAUGAUCUACAUGACCCCGGACACGCAAGGUCCAACAGCGAAUACAGUCUGCCAGUGAGAGGACCACCCCUGCCAGGCUAUGGCCCGACAUAUGCACCGGCAUACGGGCAGACAUGGGGCCCGGCGUACGGCCCGGCAUGGGGACCACCGGCCAUGUACGGCCCACCGCCGGGGCCACCGCAACCCGCACCAGCAACGUUCCUCUAUGAUCCUUAUACCGGCCAGCAGCUGUACUCGGAGAUGGGCGACCAAGGGAGCGACUCAGAGUUGAGGCCGCAGCCGCCAAGAAACCAAGCCCAGACGAGGCACAGUUCAGUCACCCACAAUUCACGCCGGCAAGAGGGCCCGCCUCCUCCGCAGGGAGGAUCCAGGUCGAGGUGGCGGCCGUGGGGCCAUAGAGAUGAGUCAUAGUGAGUGAGAGCAAGGAGGAGGAGUAUAUGCACGGCACUUGCAUGUGGCUGGAUAUAGAUAGCGUAACCGACUGGUGGGGAUUCCCAUUAGGGAUACGGGAUCGGAUUUCCUACCUAUAACUUUAUGUGGAGGUAGACACAGCAGUGCGCCUUGUAACUACGAGCACUUGCACUUCCCACGCCGGCCAUUACUCGUGUGCUAUCAUUAACUCUGCGCUUUGCAUUGUAAUUGCAUCCAGCAUCUAACCUGGCGUCGGUGAUGAGCGGCAUGGUUACUCUUGAUGGCUGCUUCGUGAUGCAUUGGAAGCCGGGAGUGCCCAUUCUGUGGUGUUUUUAAAACGCUGGGCAGGUUACAUUGGAAGUCAACUUGGCGCGCCGUC